GUUGCCGCGAGCGAUUGAUUGAUCGAGAGCGAUUGAGCGAUCGCUCGUUUUUUUGCGAGCGAGAUCGAGCGAUUGAUCGCACCAAUUUAUCGAGAGCGAGAUCAAGAGCGAAUGGUGUUGAGCGAUAUCGAUCGUAACUUCAGCGCCAUCUAGCGGUCGCAAUUAAAAGAUCUGUAAAAACGUUGAACGGUUGCCUUUUUCCGUUGUAACAUGUAAGAAGUGGUCUGCCAUUGAAGACGCCACUUUAAUUGACAGUUUUUCUAGCAAACGAACAAUUAUGAGAUGGAUCCCACGCCUUCCACAUCAAAAGAUGACCCUGUUAUUGAUUUAACUGAAACUGAAAGUCAAGAUAAAAACUCAAACUCUUCAGGGAAGUUUGGAACGAAAAGGAAAUAUGUUGUCACCGUCCCAGAAAAAUUCUUUUCGAAGGUUAGCAGUGGAGAGAGAUCCAAUGUGUACAAAUGCAUAAUGGGUUGUGUGAAUAAGACCAUUAAUGUAAACCACACAAGUCUUUAUAAUGCUCGCAGACAUAUUGAGACUUUCCACAAACCAAGAUUAGUCGAGUUCAAUUCUUCAUUUGGAAAACACGCACUAGAACUAGAAGUAACAGGAAAUAACUGUGUAACAAGAUUUGUAAUUGUUUUGAUGGACAGUGGAGUCAUUCCAGAAAUACAAUGUUUUGGUGAGCGAUUUGAGCAAUAUCGAUCAGCGAUUGAUCACUUCAUAAACGAUCGAGCGAUUGGAGCGAAUUGACCAUAAAUUUCAAGUGAUCAAGAGCGAGAGCGUUGAUCACCAAAUGGUGAGCGAACGGCAACUCUGG